AUGGCGGCUCCGUCCAAGUACGAUGACUAUGACUUCCCGACCACUGCGCCGGAAGACCAACCCGGCCACCCUGGCCACACCACCCCCGAGCAGGAUGCGAAGGUAGAACAGCUCCGGGCCGAGCUGGAACAGCUUGGCUACACCGAGAGGCUGGAUACUCUGACGCUGUUGCGUUUCCUGAGAGCCCGGAAGUUUGAUGUCGCUGCUGCCAAGACCAUGUUCGUCGACUGCGAGAAGUGGCGGAAGGAGUUCGGCACUGAUGAGCUCGUCCGUACUUUCGAGUACCCCGAGAAGGCCAAGGUCUUCGAAUACUACCCCCAGUACUACCACAAAACGGACAAGGAUGGCCGUCCUGUCUACAUCGAGAAGUUGGGCAAGAUUGACCUCAAUGCCAUGUACAAGAUCACCACCGGCGAGCGCAUGCUCCAGAACCUCGUGACCGAGUAUGAGAAGCUUGCCGACCCCCGUCUGCCCGCCUGCUCCCGCAAGGCUGGUAAGCUGCUCGAGACUUGCUGCACCAUCAUGGACCUGAAGGGCGUCGGUAUCACCAGCGUCCCCUCCGUCUAUGGCUACGUCAAGCAGGCGUCUGCCAUCUCCCAGAACUACUACCCCGAGCGUCUGGGCAAGCUUUACCUGAUCAACGCCCCCUGGGGAUUCAGCAGCGUGUUCAGCGUGGUCAAGGGCUUCCUUGACCCGGUGACCGUGAACAAGAUCCACGUUCUCGGCUCCAACUACAAGAAGGAGCUGCUGGCUCAGGUCCCCGCUGAGAACCUCCCUGUUGAGUUCGGCGGUACCUGCCAGUGUGCCGGAGGCUGCGAGCUUAGCGACAUGGGCCCGUGGCAGGAGUCUGAGUGGGCCAAGACUCCCAAAUGGGCUGCCCCGAAGGAG